GGGGGCGUGACUGUCACUUCCAAGGGUUACAUAAAAGGUGAUAACUAGGACCGGGCUAUGUCCAUGCUGCUGUGAGAGAGCUGCCUGUGGAGCCUGACCAACAGAGAAGCAUUAAAAAGCCUAAUUUAACAUCAGCAGCACAGGCAGACUGCAAAGAAAGAUGGCGGCUUCCCUGUUGAGGAUAGGACGACUGGGUUGUGUCAAGUGUUUGCAGGCUGAGAGCUGGAGCACUCUGAGCAGAGCGCCUGCUGCAGCUGCGGCUUUUAGCACAAAAUCCGGCGGAUCCAAGAAGCAAAAGAAGGGUUCAGACAAGGACCAGGGUAAAACAUACUUCGAUAUAGAGAAACUUGUACAGCACAAGUCAGUUGAUGUUACCAAGAAGGAUGUUUCUCCAGCAGUCGCCGCUGCUGCAGCCGCAGAAGCUGCAGCAAAACCGAUCGCAGAGGCUGUGGCAGCCGCUGUUGAAGCAACACCUGUAGUCGAGGCCUUCGCAGAAGCUGCACCAGUGGUCGAGGCUGUUGCAGAAGUUGCACCUGUUGUUGAGGGUGUAGCAGAAGCUGCACCAGUGGUCGAGGCUGUUGCGGAAGCUGCACCUGUUGUUGAGGCUGUUGCCGAAGCUGCACCAGUGGUUGAGGCCGUCGCAGAAACUGUACCAGUGGUUGAGGCCGUUGCUGAAGCUGCACCAGUUGUUGAGGCCGUUGCUGAAGCUGCACCAGUUGUUGAGGCUGUUGCCGAAGCUGUACCAGUGGUUGAGGCUGUUGCCGAAGCUGCACCAGUGGUUGAGGCUGUUGUCGAAGCUGCACCAGUGGUUGAGGCCGUUGCCGAAGCUGCACCAGUGGUUGAGGCCGUUGCCGAAGCUGCACCAGUGGUUGAGGCAGUUGCCGAAGCUGCACCAGUGGUUGAGGCCGUUGCCGAAGCUGCACCAGUGAUUGAGGCAGUUGCCGAAGCUGCACCAGUGGUUGAGGCAGUUGCCGAAGCUGCACCAGUGGUUGAGGCAGUUGCCGAAGCUGCACCAGUGGUUGAGGCAGUUGCCGAAGCUGCACCAGUGGUUGAGGCUGUUGCCGAAGCUGCACCAGUGGUUGAGGCCGUUGCCGAAGCUGUGGCAGAAGUUGUUGCUGAAGCCAUACCAGUGGUUGCUGAAGUAGUUGCAGAAGCUGCACCUGUGGUUGAAGUUAUUGCUGAAGCCGCGGCAGUCAUAGCUGAAGCUGCUGCUGAAGCCGCUACACCAGUCGAUGAAGCCCCUGUUGAAGCAGCUGUAGAAGCAGCACCAGCAGAACCUGCGGCUGAAGCUGCUCCUGAGGCCCCAGCUGCUGAGGCUGCACCUGCUGCUGAAGUUCCUGUUGAAGCUGCUCCUGAAGCCCCUGCUGCUGAAGCACCUGUGGAAGAGGCUGCUGCUGAGGUCCUAGCUGAACCAGUUGAACCGUUUCAGGCUCAAAUGGACCCAAUUCAAAAGCUCUUCUUGGACUCCAUACGUGAAUACUCUUCAAAAAGCCAGACCACUGGGGGUCUAGUCGAUGCAGGUGCAGAGUAUGAGAAGGCUCUAGGAGAGGAGGUAGCAAAGCUUCAGAGACUCUAUGGUGGUGGAGACCUCACAGCUUUCCCAGAGUUCAAAUUCACAGAGCCCAAGUUCGAUGAAGUUUCCCAGAAGUGAACACCAGCACUUUACAAAUAAACUUUUCUACUGUCGCCUUUCUGCCUGUACAUCUGUGCUCCAUGGUGGACCAUUAACAGUCUGCUUAAUGUCAGAGUUACAACGAACCCCUGCCUCCAGCGUUGUUGUGAGAGUAGAGCUAGGUAUUUUAUGGUAAUGUACUCUAAAGUGAGGGAUGUACAUUUUUGCUAGACAAGGGAAUUCUGAGCUGUGAAAUAAGCUUUGUGUGUUCAGCUGAAUGUUUAAGGGAAAAAUAAAUAAUUCCAGUUCA